AGUGCCACACCGGCUUGGCAGUUGGCAUCCAGCUCUUCUGCGGUCUAGCGAUAAGAAAGACCCACACAGAUUUUGCACCCUGGGAAGUUCACACGCUCCUCGACAGAGGCGACCCACCUGGGCGUGCAACGGCUACGCUCGGGAGAGGACGGGCGGGUAGAAGGGAGACCGUGCUGCCCUCUCACCACGCAAGAGGGUUCCGCUUUUUGCUGGACUGGCCGAUCCGAGGCCGAACCCAGAGGCAGAGCCCUGCGCUCUGUUGCUGGGGGAAGGCACACGCUGAACAGACUUAACGCACCGCCCCCCACGUGCUGCCCGGCCGGUGCCGCAACGGUAACGGGCGAUUACGAGCUAUAGCCCGGCGACGGCACCCCCCCGGCAAGGUUCCGCAUUGUGGGCGGAGCCUCCUGCUCUGUGGGCGGGGCUUCGGGUGGCCAGUCCCGCCCGAGACUCUCUCAGUUGCCGUGUCUAGGCCACGUCAGGUGCUGCUAGGAUCUGGCAGGUGUGUAGUACUGAUAUUUCCCAGACACGUAUAGUCGGCUUGAAACUCCAGAGUUUGGCGGUGUUUUAAUGCCUUGAGAUUUCGUAGCUCGAGUUUUUCUCCAGGUGACCUUUACCAUGCUCAAUUUUGCACUUUUUCGCCCUAUUCUUAUCACCUUCCAGGACCCCGCCGUUGCCCUGCGUUCCCUCUCUAGUUGGCUUCCGCUUCCGCAUUCGUGUAGAGUGACGGUGGCGGCGGCGGGUCAAGGCGGGGCAGACGGCCGCGGUGGUGCUGGGUCUGAUUAGCCUUCCGUGGAGGUGGCUGGGUUGCCAUCAUGGAGACGCUCUACCGGGUGCCGUUCGCGGUGCUCCAGUGCCCCAACAUCAAGCUGAAGCGGCCGAGCUGGGUGCACACGCCCUCGGCUAUGACCGUCUACGCGCUGGUGGUGGUGUCCUACUUCCUCAUCACCGGAGGAAUAAUCUAUGAUGUGAUUGUAGAACCUCCCAGUGUUGGGUCUAUGACAGAUGAACAUGGACAUCAGAGACCAGUGGCCUUCUUGGCAUACAGAGUAAAUGGACAGUAUAUUAUGGAAGGACUCGCAUCCAGCUUCCUCUUCACAAUGGGAGGCUUAGGCUUCAUAAUUCUGGACCGAUCCAAUGCACCAAAUAUCCCAAAGCUCAAUAGAUUUCUGUUGCUUUUUAUUGGAUUUGUCAGCGUCCUGUUGAGCUUCUUCAUGGCAAGAGUUUUCAUGCGGAUGAAAUUGCCGGGAUACUUGAUGGGUUAGUGCCUUGUGUGAUAUAUGCAAGCACAAAAUGGAUUUGCUUCUCUUCAUGAAGAGCUUAAAAACAAGCAAUCUAUUAAAAAAAAAAAAAUACUGUCCACCACAAGAAGACACAAGAAAGGUCUAGUUAUGCGAAUCAGCAAGUGCAAGAAGUGCUUCCAACUGUCUCCUUUCAUUAAUAAAAACCGUCAUUACCCGUGGUUGGUGUAUUUUUAAAACAGGGUUUUAUCACUUGUCUAUUUCUAUCUUUAAAAAAGAAAAAGUUACUGAACUGUUACAAAUUCAUACCUAAAGUUAAGUAUCUUGAAACAAUUCACUAUAAAAUGUAAAACUGUUGUUUUUCCCCUUAACCUGACUGAGGUAUUGGGCAGAUGUUUUACAAUUCCUGAUUUUAAAGUGUGCAGCACUCUGGCCUUUAUUCUGUGGCCUGCCCCGUACCACGUUUAUACCUGGAGAGAAGUCUUUUGGUGAUACUUUACUAUCAAACACACUGUGUCUAGUGAAGUUAUUUCUAAGGCACCUGUUGCCUUGAUAUUCAUGGCAACACAUUAACAAAUCCAGAUGUACACUGGAUACAACACUGUGUGAGUGCAUUUCUUUUUGGAAGAGUGUAUGAAAGGAGCCAAAUUAAACAUGUUUUCUACUAAA